CUGACAAGUGACAACUGCUGCUGUGGUGGUAGCAUGCACGCGCAAGGAGGAGGCGGAGAAAGCAGAAGGCACAAGACCGGGAAUUCAGUUUCGGUUUUGAUUUGAGGAUGAGAAGACAAAAUUCCUCUGCGUCUUCGAAUCAAAUGCGUUGAACCCCCCAGUUUGGACGAUGGUCUCCCGCGUCUCCCUCCUCACCCCCGUCGCGCUGCUGCUGCUGCUGCCUUUGGCCGGAGGCGUCACACGGACAUACUAUAUCGGAAUCCGCGAGGAAAACUGGGAUUAUGAGCCUGGUCAAGAAGGUGGAGAGUAUCUGAAGGCUUUGUACAGGCAGUACACGGACGACUUCUACACUACCGAGGUCCCCAAACCCAGCUGGCUGGGCUUCCUUGGCCCUGUCAUCCGGGCGCAGGUUGAUGAUGUCAUUGUUGUGCACCUGAAGAACUUUGCCAGCAUGCCCUAUUCCAUACAUCCCCACGGGCUUUUCUACAAAAAGGACUCGGAAGGUGCCCUCUACCCUGACAACACUUCAGGUCAGUGGAAAACUGAUGAUGCAGUUCCACCAGAGCACAGCCACACCUAUACCUGGAUCGUCCAAUCAGAGUUCGCGCCUGCAGAGGGUGACGCCCCUUGCCUCAGCUGGGCUUAUCACUCACAUGUCGACGCUCCCAAAGACAUCGCAUCAGGACUCAUAGGACCUCUGCUGACCUGCAGGAAAGGAGUUCUGCGAGAGGGGAGUGCGGGUCCGCAGCGUUCCGAUGUGGGUGCAGAGUUCUUCCUGAUGUUCAGUGUGGUGGAUGAGAACCUGAGCUGGUACCACAAUGGAACCGAUCAAGAACUGGACGACGAGUCCAACCUCAAACACUCCAUUAAUGGGCACAUGAGUGGCACUCUGCCGGGGCUGAGUGUGUGUGGGGGCGCUCGCGUGGCCUGGCAUCUGAUGGGCAUGGGCAACGAGGCCGACGUUCACUCCGCCCACUUCUACGGCCACACCCUCCUAGAGCGCGGGCACCGCCGUGAUGUCAUCAGCGUGUUCCCGGCCACCUUCACCACGGCCAUCAUGACUCCCAUGACAACGGGGAAAUGGAUGCUAAGCUGCCAGGUCAAUGAGCAUUUUAAAGCUGGCCUGCAGGCGUUCUACCAGGUGAACACAUGCCCCUCCGAUGCCCCUAUCUCCAUGGAGACGGGUGGGAUGGAGCGGCCUUAUUACAUCAGAGCUGAGGAGCAGGAGUGGGACUACGGCCCGCUGGGAGUCGACACGUUCACUGGCAAACCUCUCACAGAGCCUGACAGUGAUUCCGAGGUGUUCUUUGCAAAAGGGGGCGGGGCUCUGGGAGGGCGGUACCUAAAGGCCCGCUACGUGCGCUACACUGAUGCCACGUUCACCAGACGACACGCAAGCCACUCCGACACACACCUCGGCAUUCUGGGACCAGUAAUAGCAGCUGAGACUGGAGACACUGUUGUGGUAACGUUCUCCAACUAUGCUUCAAGAACCUACAGCAUCCAGCCACACGGACUCCAGUACGACAAACAGAAUGAAGGAGCUGAAUACCAGGAUGGUGUGAGUGGGCGGGGAGCUGCCGUCGCUCCAGGAGAGCAAUUCACCUAUCGGUGGAGAGUGCUGGAAGGUCCCUCCCCCUCUGAUCCCUUCUGUCAAUCAUACCUCUAUUACUCCGCCCACGACCCCGUGAAGGACACCAACUCUGGACUGGUGGGGCCGCUCAAGAUCUGCAGGAAAGGAGAGCUGGACCAGGAGGGCAAGCAGAGGGCGGUGGAUAAGGAGUUCUUUCUGCUGUUUGGGAUCUUUGAUGAGAAUCUGAGCGGGUACCUUCAGGACAACAUCCGUCGCUAUGGAGAUGGAAACACCAAACCAGAGGCAGAGAGCAACUUAAUGCAUGGUGUGAACGGGCGUCUCUAUGGUAACCUGCAGGGGCUGGAGGUGUGUGUAGGGGAGCGUGUGGUGUGGCACACCCUUGGCCUCGGCAGCCAGGUGGAUAUCCAUGGCGUUUAUUUCCAAGGCAACGUCUUCCGUCGGCAUGGCAACACACGUGACACACUCAGCCUCUUCCCUCACACCAGCGUCACUGUCACCAUGACAACCCACAGAACCGGUCUGUUUUCUGUGAGCUGUCGGACGACAGAUCACUUUGUGGCUGGAAUGAAGCAGAAGUAUAACGUAACGGCGUGUGGUGCUUCCACACACACACCCUCACACACACACACGCCUAGCGCACACACACCCUCACACACACACACGCCUAGCGCACACUACUUCCUGUCUGCGGAGGAAGUGGAUUGGGACUACGCUCCUGACAGAGCCUGGGAACUGGAGAAGCACAAGGAGGACAGUUAUGGCAGUGUGUUUGUGCAGAGGGGGGAUGGGCGGAUUGGCUCGCGCUAUAAGAAGGUGGUGUUCCGUCAGUACACCGACGCCUCCUACACCACCCGCCAACCAAUCACAGCGCAGGACACACACCUGGGCAUUCUGGGACCUAUUCUGAGAUUGCAGGUAGGCGAGCAGGUGUCUGUGACCUUUAAGAACAUGGCCAGCCGGCAUUACUCCCUCCACGCCCACGGGGUGGAGCCUGAACCCCUGGACCAAUCAGAAGCCGCCCCUGGCGAAAUCAGGAAGUAUCUGUGGAAUGUUCCAGAAAGAGUUGGCCCCGGCCCAGACGACCCCAACUGCAUCACCUACGCCUACUACUCCACUGCCAACUACGUCAGGGACCUGGCGAGCGGUUUGGUCGGGCCGCUUAUUGUGUGUCGGAGCGGUGUGCUGGAUGACAAGCGUCGCCGUAGCGACGUGGACCGUGAGUUUGCGCUGCUCUUCAUGGUGUUCGACGAGAACGAGUCAUGGUACCUGCAGGACAACAUCAAGAGCUACGCCAACACACACCUGGACACCAAUGAUGAAAACUUCAUGGAGAGCAACAAGAUGCACAGCAUUAAUGGACGACUGUACGGUACGCUGUUGGGUUUGGACAUGCAGGAGGGCGAUAAGACAGACUGGUACCUCCUCGGUCUGGGCAACGAAGUGGACAUGCACACUGUACACUUCCACGCUCACACUUUCACCUACAAGGAAGCGCACACACACCGCGCAGAUGUCUUUGAUCUUUUCCCCGGAACUUUCCAGACGGUGUCAUUGACCGCAAAGCAUGCUGGGACAUGGUUACUGCACUGUCAUGUUAGUGACCAUAUUCAUGCUGGCAUGGAGACCACCUACACUAUACAUCCAAGAAAGACCACAUUGGCCCCUGGAACAGGAAAGACCACAUUGGCCCCUGGAACAGGAGACAACGAACGACCACGCAACAGUGCAGCUGCAGAGGGAAGCAGAACUGGGGUCGUAGCGGGAGUGGUCGUCGGGGUUCUGGUUCUGGUUCUGCUCUGCGGUGCCGUCAUACUUGCCGUACACUGUUGUUGGGUUCAUCAAAGAACUGCAGAGCCCCCACCUGCAUUGGACUUGUCUGAGUUGCAAAGUUUACAAGCAGCCUCAAGCGACCGCCCCCCCCCCCCCCACACAUUAACAUGAACAUUAACACACACGCACCAUAGUCUCAUAUCACCCCACACACACACACACACACACACAUUAACAUGAACAUUAACACACACACACCAUAGUCUCAAAUCAACUCCCAACCCCCCAUACUCUCACAUACAUACACACACACACACCAUAGUUUAAUAUGAACAUUAACACACACACCAUAGCCUCAUAUCACCCCCCCCCACACACACA